AAUUCCAUCAUCUCAACUCACAAUAGUCUAGUACAUCUCUAGAUUUUCCCCAAGAAUAAGUGCCAGUGAGAGUUUUAUUCAAAUGUGCUAAACACAAACUGAAUUAUGGCCAUUUCGUCAACAACAGAUUGGUCCAAAAUUCGUUACAUCAUGUUUGUUGUUUUUUUUGUGAGUGCCCUUUUGGCUUCCACAGUCGCCACGGGAUUAACGACAUCGGGAAAACAAAAGCGUCAGUUGUUUCGAGAGCACCUACUCCCUCAACGAGGGGGCAGAAUACCAGAUGGGGCCUUCGAACCCAACCGCCUCAUUCUGAACAAGUUCAGCCAGAAUGGGUUAUACAGUCCCGACGGGUACCACCUUGACCAGAGACACCCGGAGCCACAUCACACCCCCAAACAACCUUUCCCGAAAACUGUGAAGGUGCAUUUAUACCCAGAUGGUAGAUACGUCGCACCUCCUGGGCAGUACCGUGGUUCUCAAACCGUAGACACGACCUACCUCAUAAGAGAACCCGUGAACUUUGUUCUUUUGCCGCCUGUCAAACACUAUACACCUUUUCCUACGUUUCCGCAUUAUUCUCUCAAGAUCCUCAGGCACUUUAAGUACGAGAAAGGGAAUAACAAAUUUGAUGGGAAGUGGAAUGAGAUCUCGGGUAAUGAUGAAUUACCAAUGAAGCCUCAAGGGUAUGUAGGGUAUGCCCCUGUGAAGCUCCGUCAGGCUGAGAAAGAGCAGCAGCAAGACUUAAGUAAAGUCCCGGGAGUCCCUGGAGUGGACUACCCCUUGUUCCACUCGGUCCCACCCACUGGCUUCUCGUGCAAGCACGUUCCGGCCCUUCCUGGUAUCUACGCCAACGUUGAGACCGCCUGCCAGGCUUAUCACGUCUGCCACGACGGCCGUGAGGGUGAACAAGGAGCUUCUUUCCUCUGCACAAACGGGACAGUUUUCAAUCAGGCCAAGUUCACUUGUGACUGGUGGUACAACGUAAACUGCCACGAAGCCCCAAAUCUGUACAGACUCAACGCAGACCCCUUACUCAACCCCUACGCCCCUAAACCCAAACCCGAAGAACUUGUUAAGUUUGUCCCAGUUCAAAAAUAUAAGUAAUGUAAUUUAUUGUAACUAAGUUAUUGGAAUAAAUGGUACUGUUUUGAA